GUUUAGGAAGCGAUUGCACUUUGGUGGGGAAAAGGCCCACAGCGCCUUUGGCUUCCCCGCGAAAGCCUGUUUGAGAGUUUCGGUUCGCCGUCCCUAUCAGGAUGGAACUGAGAUCUGAGAUGCCCAACGUGCCCUCCGCACCCACUUCGGUGCCCCCCAGUUCGGUGGCGGCGGCCGCGGCGGCCGCGGCGGCGGCCAGCCUGCCAGUCAGCGUGGCCGGGAGCCUCCUGAGGGCGCCGCCGCUACUCCUUCGAGCGGCCGAGAAGUACCCCCGCACGCCCAAGUGCGCCCGGUGCCGCAACCACGGCGUGGUGUCGGCGCUCAAAGGCCACAAACGCUACUGCCGCUGGAAGGACUGCCUGUGCGCCAAGUGCACGCUGAUCGCCGAGCGCCAGCGCGUCAUGGCCGCCCAGGUGGCGCUGCGUCGGCAGCAGGCGCAGGAGGAGAACGAGGCCCGCGAGCUGCAGCUGCUCUAUGGCACGGCCGAGGGGCUGGCCCUGGCCGCCGCUAACGGCAUCAUCCCGCCCCGGCCCGCCUACGAGGUCUUCGGCUCGGUGUGCAGCGCAGACGGAGGCACGGGGGGUUCAGGUGAGGCACCGAGCGCGCCCCGAUCCCGCCACCUCGCCUGGCUCCGAGCCAGAGAGAACCCAUCUAUGACCAGGGGUUACUGUCUCUAUUAUGGACCCAUUUUAUUGCUUGAAGCCUCUGUUUAUGCAGAAGUAAACAGGUGUCAUUUGGACUUACUUCCAGAGGUUAAGCUGCAGAAAUUCGACCUGUUCCCCAAGACUCUUCUGAGCUCCCGGGCUGUAACCCCGCAGCAGGCCAAACCCUUGUCGCCGGAUGGAGCGGACGGCGUGCCAGGCACCUCAUCUCCGGAGGCGACCCGCCACGGCUGUGGCUCCGGCUCGGAAAACGGCGACGGCGAGUCCUCCCUCAGCUCGCCUGUCUCGAAAGGAGCCAAGGAUGGCUGCGGGGUCGGUGGGGUCGAGGAGGACAGUCCAGGCUCUAUCAGCCCACUGGGCUCCGACUCGGGCUGCUCGGAGGCUGAGCGGGAAGAAGUGGGGGCUUCUUCACCUGGUCUGGCUGCGGCGGCAGCGGUGGCCGCGGCGGGGGGAAGCCGGCAGCAGCGGACGCCGUUGGACAUCCUGACGCGCGUGUUUCCCGCGCACAAGCGCAGCGUGCUGGAGUUGGUCCUGGCCGGCUGCGGCGGGGACGUGGUGCAGGCGAUCGAGCAGAUCCUCAACAACCAUCACCACCCCCGCGGCGGAGGCAGCCCGGGCCAGGGCCUCGCCGCCGCGUCAGGACUGACCUCGGCGGGGCCAGACAAGGCGAGCGACGAGAGCUGGGCCCGGACCGCAGGAGAUGCGACGGGGACUCUAGGUGGCCUGCAGCCUUCACCAGCAGGCGCCGCCGCGCACCACCGCCCCCUGCUGGCCGGCGCCAUGACACCCGCCAUUGGCGCGCUGGGCAGCCGCUCGGCCUUCUCUCCUCUGCAGCCCAACGCCACCCACUUCGGCUCGGCGGCGGCGGCCGAGGCCAGUGCCUACCCUCUGGGCACGCACCUGGGCUUGAGCCCGCUGCGGCUGGCCUACUCGGCGGCGGCGGCGCACAGCCGAGGCCUGGCCUUCAUGACGCCUUACUCCACGGCCGGGCUCAUGCCCACGCUGGGGUUCCGGCCGCCCAUGGAGUACGCCUUCAGCGACCUCAUGCGAGACAGAUCCGCCGCCGCUGCUGCCGCCGCCGCUGCUGCUGCUGCCGCCGCCAGUGCACACAAGGAGCAGGCCUACCCCAACGGGCUGUACGGGCCCUUGGUCAACAGCGCCCCAGAAAAACAGUAGGCCAGUUCCCGCAAAGCCAAGGACGGCGCAUCAGGUGUCACACGAACUGCAGGCCUACUUAUAUGUGUAUAUAUGCAUAGAAAGAUAUACUUGUACAUAAACCGAGAGAGUAUGCAAGAGACGAACCAGAAGGAAAGAAUGAGACCCUGAUCUUCGGCUGAGUGACGCGGCCUAACUAAGGAUUUUGUCUCCCGCCGUCGUAGAAGCAGGUGUUAAUUAUAAAUUACACUCCGAUGUUAAACACAUUACUUAGAAGGAAGUUCACUGGAAAACAAACCAACGUUUAGGCUUGGAAGCUUAGCGUGAUAGGAAUUUUGACAUCUCCCGUUUCAUACAGCAACCAAUAAAAAGUAUGCCGCCUUGUUCGCUGCUUGAAGGAAUGGGAUGUGUAGGAACCAGUUUAUAGCAGGUCGGGAUUUUUCAAAACGUAAGGAGUACAAACGUAAUAAAAUAUAUACGGGCACCAAUUACGCAGAAUUAUUUCAUUGCCUUCUGUGAGUAACAAUGGAAGUUACUCCGCUCUCCCCCCCCCUCCGCCCCAAGCUGUGGGUUCCAAUUGAUCUCUUAGUUGUCAGGAUUUCAUUUCACCCUAUUUAUUGCAACGCAAACUGGUCAAAUAGGUGAGGGGUGACUUCUAGAUGUGCUGAACUUUUUUAAAAAAGUAAGGGCGCUUUUCUCUUGUUAAAGUUGUCCGUCAUUUUUAUCUUUUGCUUAUGCCUAUAAGCAUGGAUAUUCCUCCUGGUGCAUUGUGAGAUUGAUAUAUAUAUAUAUGUAUAUACAUACCGACAUAUAUACACAUAUAUACCAGCAAGUAUAUAGUAUAAUGUUAUCAAACGGAAAUCUAAGUUAUUAAUGUAAUUUGUAGGUGAAUUUAGUAUUAACGGUAAAUUAAACAAUCAGUUUUCAGUUUAAAACACACCAAGCAUAGAGAUUCAAUAUAUUGUACAUAAUUUUAAUGCUUCUUUUUAUUCACCUGCGGGGGGGGGAGAUAUAAUUUGUAAAUAAGGUUGAAAAGUAGAUAUAUUUGUAAUUGUCUUUUGGAAUCGAUCCAGAGGUUGUGCUUGACACCGUUUUAAUGAGUGAUCCGCAAGAAAAAAGACGUUGGU